AUGGAGAGUGACUACGUGAAAGAAACAGUUGGAGAAGCUCUUGCUCUAGGCUUAGCUCAAGUAGCUUUGGUCCGUCCACAAGAUCCAAUAGAGUAUUUAGGAUUAUGGCUAUUGAAGCACAAAAGAAACCAAGCAGAAGCAAAGGAAAAGGCUCGAGCCAUUAAAAACGAGAUUGCUAGAGAUGAUGAAACAGCAGAAACUAAGCCAGUCACAACUGAUAGUCAAAAUGAGGGCAAAGGGGAAGAAGAGAAUAAAGAUCCUGGUGAAAGCACACCUCCUAAAACACCUCCACUGGCACCAGACAUAUCCCGACCUAACUCUAGACUUGGUGUCAAACUGAGCAGAAUAGAGGAAGAAGAGUCGACCGAAUCAACAUGA